AUGAAGCCGACUGAUUCCGACCAUCUCUGCGCGGACAGACCUCGGUCCCGCAAGGACUUUCGCGUGAUCAUUGUGGGCGGUUCGAUUGCCGGACUCACACUGGCGCAUUCGCUGCGAAAAUACAACAUCGACUACCGCGUCCUAGAGGCGUACCAUGAUAUCGCACCGCAAGUAGGGGCUUCCAUUGGGCUGGCUCCGUCUGGCUGUGGCAUUCUCGAUCAGCUCGGGAUCUUUGACGCCGUAUUGAAGGAGAUCGAGCCACUGAGACUAUCGCAGUACUGGACAGCCACGGGAAGGAAGAUCGCCGAAAAUAAAGCCCCGACUCUUCUACAAGAAAGAAAUGGUUACCCACUCUCUUUCUUGGAUCGGCAUAAGGUGCUGGCGAUUCUCUAUGAUCAUCUCGCGGAGGAUCAAUCCAAGGUAUUCUUGAACAAAAGAGUGGUGCGCGUCGAAGACGUUCCGGGAGGAGUUGUCGUUCAUUGCAAGGAUGGCAGUCAAUGGACUGGCGAUAUAGCUGUUGGAGCUGAUGGCGUUCACAGCACGAUCCGGAACGAAAUCUGGAAUCGUCUCGACAAACAACAGCUCGGCCAUGAUAUGAUUCGAGAAAAGAAAGAAAUGAUCUCGGAGUAUUCGUGCAUCUUCGGCAUUUCGGCAGAUAUGAAGGAGCUUGAACCCGGACAUAUACAUCGCACUCAUGGGAAGGGCUUCACCACGGUUAUCAUGGUUGGGAAAAACCACCGCACCUUUUGGUUUUUAUUCGCCAAAAUGGACCGGAAGUAUACGAUGAGGGACCUUCCUCGAUUUACCGUCGAAGACCGGGAAAGACAUGUGGCUCAAUACUUCGAUGUCCGCAUUUCUUCGGAGGUUACCUUCGAAGACCUCUAUAAAAGGGGGGUUUACAAGACUUACGUGCCCCUUGAGGAAGCUUUCUUUGAGUAUUGGGUAGUGGAUCGCCUCGUCUGUAUUGGGGACUCGGUCCACAAGGUGCGUAAUGGACCUAAUUAUGACGAUCGAUGCUUGCUGACUUCUGAAGAUGACUCCAAACACGGCCCAGGGCGGGAACUGCGCAAUAGAGAGCGCAGCGAGCCUAGCAAACUGCCUGAAGCGAUUCAUCGAUAUGCCCGAUCCGUGUUACCAUAUGGAGGAUCUGCGCGCAGCUUUAUCUGCGUGGUCGAGGGCACGACAGCCCCGAGCACGGAAGCUUUGCCGUAG